AUGAGACCUAUUUUUAUAUUUACAUGUUUUCUUCUUAUUUUCCUACUUUUUGCCCAACAACAAGAAGCAGUAAGAAAGGAUCUGGAGCGAGCAUUUGGAUUGUUGCAAACUCGAUUUGCAAUAAUUAUAAAGCCUUCACUUGCUUGGGAUGAGGAACGACUUUCUGAUAUAAUUACUUCUUGUAUAAUUAUGCAUACGAUAGUGCAAGAUAAAAGAGAUAGAUAUACACACUCUGCUGAUGGUAGAGAGUUUAUGGGAGAUCGGCCACAAGGUCAAUCGAAAGGUACAAGUGGAUUAAAUGAUGAAUUUGAGCAUUACACAGAUAGAAUUGUUGAUAUCAACCGAUACUUGGCAAAUAAGGAUGAUGUUAAAGAUCGACAAACACAUUUAUCCUUAACCGAUGACUUGGUUGAAAAUAUCUGCCUCUUAAAUUCUCCUCCCAAUGUGCUCAAGUCUUUAAAAAAAGAGGAUAACAAUAACAAUGCAACCUAUAAGAGGAGUGAUUUUAGAUAA